AUGGCAUCCGAGGUGAUGCACCAAAGCAGCAGCAGACUUUGCGAGUUUGGACAAGAUUCUGGCAUCAUCUUGCUCCAGGCGAAUGCUUUUGCUGACGAGGGACUCUGGAUAGGCGGUGCCUCCAAGGCCGGUAAGGGCGCUCAGGCUCAGAAGGCUGCCAAGGCUGCCCUCAAGGGUGUGCACUCGCACAAGGCCACCAAGGUCCGCCACUCGACCACCUUCCACCAGCCUAAGACCCUGCAGCUGUCUCGGGCUCCCAAGUACCCCCGCAAGUCGAUCCCUCACGCUCCUCGUCUCGAUGAGCACAAGGUCAUCGUCCACCCUCUCAACACCGAGGGUGCCCUGAAGAAGAUCGAGGAGCAGAACACCCUCGUCUUCAUCGUCGAUGUCAAGGCCAACAAGGCCCAGAUCAAGCAGGCUCUUAAGAAGCUCUAUGACAUUGACACCGUCAAGAUCAACACCUUGAUCCGCCCUGACGGCUCCAAGAAGGCCUUCGCUCGCCUUACUGCCGAUGUCGAUGCUCUUGACAUUGCUGCCACCAAGCUCGGCCUUGUCUAA